AUGCUCAGAUAUUUUAAAGUCAAGUGUGUAACAUCUGCACAACUGAGGUACUCUAUAUCUGAGGAAGUUAACGAUGGGACUGCGGUUGGAAAUUUAGUAAAAGAUUUGGGCUUAGAUAAAAGCACUCUGAAGAGCAGAAAAUAUCGUGUUGUUUCUGGAGGUGCGGAUCCCAUUUUCUAUGUAAACGUAAGUGACGGCGUCCUUUAUGUGACCCGAAGGAUUGAUAGAGAAGAGGUGUGCGCUCAGAGUAGCGUGUGUCUAAUAAAUGUUAAAACCGUGUUAGAAACCCCUCUCGAGGUACACAACAUUGCGGUGGAGGUGCUGGACAUAAAUGACCACUCGCCCAAUUUCUCCGAAACAGAAAAAAUCCUGGAGAUUUCAGAGUCUGUGUUGCCCGGAGCGCGAUUUCAGCUUAAACCCGCACGGGAUCUCGAUAGCGGCCAGUUUUCGAUUCAGCAAUAUAAACUUGGCCAAGACGAUCACUUUCGAUUAGAAGUCAGAGAUAAAGAAGAUGAUGGGAAAAUACCAAUAUUGGUUUUGAAAAAAUCGCUGGAUAGAGAAGCCGCAAGAAGCCACUCCUUAGUGCUGACCGCGUUGGACGGGGGAAAGCCUCCAAAAUCUGGGGAUAUGAAAAUUAUAGUAAAUGUUUUGGAUGUAAAUGAUAAUUCACCAAUUUUCUCAAUGGAUGUUUACUCUGCCACUCUUGUGGAAAAUGCUCCCCUGGGAAGCCCAGUUGUACAGGUGAAUGCGACUGAUUCGGACGGCGGUCAGAAUGGAGAAAUAGUUUUUUCAUUUGGGAACAGUGUGAGUAGCAAUAUAUUCAACAUUUUUGAUAUAAACGAAUCAACAGGGCAAAUAACUGUGAAGGGACUUGUAGAUUACGAGCAAAAAGAAAAAUAUGAAAUUGAAAUUCAAGCAUCUGAUAAAGGUUUAGCUCCGUUAACUGCGGAAAAAAACGUGAUCAUUAAAAUAAUGGACGUAAACGACAAUGCACCUGAGAUUGAGAUAACUUCAUUUUCCAGUUUAAUCCCUGAAGAUUCUAGACCGGGAACAACAGUAGCUCUUAUUAGUGUUAAUGACUUGGAUUCUGGUUUAAAUGGAAAAGUGAUCUGCUCAAUCGGCGAGGCUGCUCCAUUUUCGUUAUUGCCAUCCGUGCAACAUAAUAUGUUUUCACUUGUAACUAAAUCACCUUUGGACAGAGAGAACACGUCGCAUUAUGAGCUGACAAUAACCGCAAAAGAUUCGGGACAGCCUCCAUUAUCAUCGGUAAAGACAAUCAACGUUGAGGUGUCAGAUGUGAAUGACAACUGCCCAGAGUUUUUGCGGAGCCCGUACACUUUCUACAUCAAUGAAGGAAACGAACCAGGGGCUAAUGUCUUUUCUAUCAAAGCUUUUGACAGGGAUGACAGUAAAAACGCGAUAAUUUCUUAUUAUAUUUUGAGAGAGGCACACGAAGAUAAUAAGUUGAUAUCUUUUCUUAACAUAAAUACUGAAACUGGAAACAUUGUGGCGCUGAAAGGUUUCGAUUUUGAAACUCUGAAAACUUUCCACUUCCAAGUUGUCGCCACUGAUUCUGGGACUCCGUCACUCAGCAGCAACGUCACAGUGAACGUGUUCAUUCUGGAUCAGAACGACAACGCUCCAGUCAUCCUGUAUCCACUCAGCUCCAAUGGUUCUGCUGAAGGUGUGGAGGAGAUUCCACGCAACGUGAACGCAGGACACUUGGUGACUAAAGUCAGAGCCUAUGACGCUGAUAUAGGAUAUAAUGGCUGGUUGCUGUUUUCACUGCAGGAAGUUACUGACCACAGUCUGUUUGGUUUGGACCGAUACACUGGACAGAUCAGAACACUUCGCUCAUUCACAGAGACAGACGAGGCUGAACAUAAACUGGUCAUACUGGUCAAAGAUAAUGGCAACGUUUCGCUAUCAGCAACAGCUACUGUGAUUGUGAGACUGGUGGAGCCAAAAGAGGCUUUUGCAGCUUCUGAUGUUAAAAGUGCAGCAAAGGAUGAUAACGAUGAUCAUGUGACUUUUUACCUGAUGAUAACUUUGGGCGGAGUUUCUGUUCUGUUUAUCAUCAGUAUCAUCGUGCUGAUUGCAAUGCAGUGCUCCAAAUCCACAGACUACACUUCUAAAUAUCUUCAAGAACCUAAUUAUGAUGGGACACUUUGUCACAGCAUCCAGUACAGAUCUGGAGACAAACGCUACAUGUUAGUUGGACCCAGGAUGAGUAUUGGAUCUACCAUAGUACCUGGAAGUCAUGCAAACACGUUGGUGCUACCUGACAGGAGAACAUCUGAAGAGUUAGUAUUAUUAUUGUUAUUAUUAUUAUUAUUAUUAUUGUUGUUGUUGUUGUUGUUGUUGUUGUUAUUAUGA